AAAAGUACAAAGGUGUUGAUGUAGGUACCUAAUAUUUGUUGUGAAAUUGUAUGAAUGAAACUUAUACCAGGUCUAAUUACCGGCAUUCAGAUAAGGGCCUUUAUUAUUACAACUUUAUGUAUUUUAAUGAUUCGUUCUAGCGUCACAAUGAUUACUGUUCAUUUUAAAUGUCGUGGAGGGCUUUACCCUCGUUCUAAUGUUGAAAGAUUCCCUGUUCCGGAUGAUAAAGUCAGCUGGUCUUCAGAAUACAAGGAAUAUCAACCACGUAAUCACACUGCGUCAUCUAUACGCGGACAGCCAUGGGCCGAUCCAAAUAUUGGCGAACCAGGUUUUAAUCCACAAUGGAACGCAAUGGAUGGGAAAGUUAAUAGAGCCAGCUAUAUGGGACAAUACAGUAUAAAGGAUGGAUACCCUUUGAAUCCUAUUGGAAGAACAGGCAUUACGGGCCGAGGAGUUCUUGGCAGAUGGGGUCCAAAUCAUGCAGCCGAUCCUGUUGUCACACGCUGGAAGAGAAAUGAUAAUGGAGUAAUUGAAAAAGAUAAACAGAACAACAAGCCUAUUCUACAAUGUGUUGUGAUAAAAAGACGUGACACUGGAGAAUGGGCCCUUCCAGGUGGUAUGGUAGACCCUGGUGAAAAAAUGAGUGCUACUGCUGUGAGAGAAUUUCAGGAAGAAGCAAUGAACUCUUUAGUAAUGACUGAUGAUCAAAAAGUACCAUUGGUGGAAAAGUUUAAAAAAUUCUUCAGUGAAGGAGAUGAAAUAUAUCAGGGAUAUAUUGAUGAUCAUCGAAAUACUGACAAUGCAUGGAUGGAAAGUAUAGCUUAUAAUUUCCAUGACAAUAGUGGGUCUACAGUCGGUGCAUUAAAGUUACAUGCAGGUGAUGAUGCUGUCGGAGUGCAGUGGGUAGAUAUUACCCCAGAUAUAAACUUAUAUGCAAGCCAUAAAAAUGUAGUAAUGCUAGUCUAUCAAAAAUGCUUGUCACACUUUUCUCAAAGUGAUUCUUAGAUUGUCUUAUGUGAUAAUGAUUAUGUAAAACCCUUAAAUCUAUGAAAAUAUUAAUAUAUUUUUUUCUUCUUUAAAUAUUAUAGCGGGAGGGAGAGCCCGUUUCUACAUGCCAUGCAUGGUUUCAAACUAUGCUCUACCUAAUGUUAUACACUAGAGACAGUUCCAAAUUCCAUGCUUACCGAACUGAUGUCGUACUGACGUCAUAGCGAAAACACGGUGGUUCAUACAAUGGUUAUAUGCCUUGCUUGGGCGCCGUGUCCUCAGAGAAGCGGUUGCCCGCGGCGACCUCGGGUACCCGGCCUUAGUUCAGGUCAAGAUGCGGAGCGAGAGGAACUAGGACAUCGGCUCUUCCUUCUCGACGGCGAACAAGCGUAGCUUGCCGCUCGACUAGGACCAG